AUGAAGUAUACGCCGGCAAUAGCGUCCAUGAGCCUCGGACGGGCUUGGGUCCACGGCUUCGAGAAGAAAAUGGGAGCUGCAGCCGCCUCUGGGUUUCAAGGCAUGGAGAUCUUCUACGAAGAUCUCGAAUACUUUGCAAGGACCUUGGAUUCUUCGAUUGACAAAGACAUGACACCCUCCCCGACACAUCUGCUGGCAGCCGCAAAGAAAGUCAAGAGCAUCUGCGAUCAAAACAACUUGCGAAUCAUCGGACUGCAGCCAUUUUUGUUUUAUGAAGGUCUGCGGGACAGACAACAGCAUGAUAGGCUGAUUGAGAAAUUGCACGUCUGGUUUGACAUUGUCGAUGCUUUGGAUACCGACACUAUCCAGAUCCCAGCCAACUUUCUGCCCCAGGAUCAGAUUACUGGAGAAAUGGACACAAUAGUGUCGGACAUGGUAGAGGUCGCUGACCUAGGCCUCAAGCGUACACGUCCAAUUCGCUUCGCAUACGAGAACCUCUGCUGGAGCACAUAUAUCGAUACAUGGGAGGCAGUGUGGGAAGUCGUGCAGCGAGUGGAUCGUCCGAACUUCGGUAUGUGUUUGGACACAUUCAAUAUUGCUGGUCGUGUUUGGGCAGAUCCUGCUACUCCGAGCGGGAUGGUCGACGGUGCUGAAGCUGCUUUGGAUGCGUCGUUGAAAAGGCUCGUCGAGAUUGUCGACGUAACCAAGGUGUUCUAUAUCCAGGUCGUGGAUGCGGAACGUAUCGACCCGCCACUCGAUGAGAACCAUCCUUACCAUGCUGACGGCCAACCAAGUCGCAUGUCAUGGUCUCGUAAUGCAAGAUGCUUCAUCUAUGAGACCGAUAGAAAUGCUUACCUGCCCGUGGAAAGGGUGGCUCGAGCAAUCAUUGAGGGUUUGGGCUAUGAAGGAUAUGUCUCCAUGGAGCUCUUCUCCAGAACGCUCUCAGAGUCCGACCCGAGUGUUCCUGAAAGCCAUGCACAGCGUGGCAUCAGAGCUUGGAAGAAGUUUGUCGAGACUCUGGAUUUGCAGUAG